CUCAAUAGCUGCGUGAACACACAAAUGUCGCGAUAACGUUGCUACUGCGCCAGAAAAGCGUAGCAUAGUUCGCGUCGCACGCCAGUAUGUUGCCUUACACGAGCGGUGGCUCGCAUGGGAGCCUUUAUGGGAGACGAAAGCCGGCUCCCAACCCGACUCUUGCGUUUGCGGGAGUUGCAGCGCUCCUCGCGCUUGCAGCGCUAGGAUUCGCGCUGCAUAGCCGCACGAGCGCGUCCAGCGCCCUUCGCGCGCGUGAUGCCCUUUCAAAGGAGCUUGACAGCCUGCGGUCUGAAUUCAACGGGCUGAAGGGCAAGUUCGCAUCCCGCAAUGCGGAGUACGAACACUUGGAGGCCACGCACGGGCACACCCAGCGCCGGCUGACGGAGGUCUCUAGCCAGUUGCAGCGGAAGGACGCGGAACUAGCAACUAAGGAGCAGUCGUUGCAGCAGCACAUAAACGAGCGGAAUGUGCUGGAGCAGCACCGUAGCGGCCGUGAGGCGGAGCUCUCCAAAAUGGUGGAGGACCUGCGGCGAGAGCUGAUCCGAACAGACGGUGUCAUUGACGCGCUGGAGAAGAAGACGACCCAGAUGGAGCACAUGCACACUGUCCGCGAGGAGGACUGGCACAAGCUGGCCAACACGUGGGUGCAGUACGAGAAGGACCUGCACAGCCAGUACAAGAAGUGCAUCGACGAGAUUGCCAAGGUCCGGAACGAGACCGCUAAGGGCUUCCCCGAGGCGCCGCUUCCGGAGGCGGAGCCCAAGAUCCGGCCGGAGACGGACUUCGGCCACAUCGGCGUGCAGGUGCCCGCCCACCAGGCGCACCACUUCGACCCGCUGCCGGUUGUGCCGACGCCCUCGCCGACGCCGGGCACCGUGCCCGGCAGCGACCUGCCGCUGACGCAGGCGUCCAAGAUCCGCGAGUCGGUGGUGCAGAUGACGCAGGGCAAGGUGGGCCUUGAACACUCGGCCGGUCAGCCGGGCGGCGCGGCCGGAGGUGCGGUCGGAGGCGCGGUCGGAGGCGCGGUCGGAGGCGCGGCCGGAGGCGCGGUCGGAGGCGCGAUCGGAGGCGCAGUCGGAGGCGCGGCAGGAGGCGCGGCCGGGGCGGGCAUCACUGGCGGCGACGUCGGCGCUGGCGGUGGUAGCGGCGACCAUUCGGCGCCGACGCCGACGGGCGCGCACCACCACGACAUCUACCACGCGGACUUCCACGACGACCACGCGCACGCCGACGACCACUACGGUCACCACAACUACGACCACUACCACGGCCACUACGACAGCUACGACCCCAUGGACCAGUACUGGCUCCGCGACAGCCACGGCGACUGGAACGCGGAUGAGGGCUUCCAUGAGGGCGGCGAGCACGGAGCCGGCAACCACGGCGGCCACCACAACCCCCACGGCCAGCAGCACGGGGGCACCCACCACGACCCCAACUACCACGGUGGCGGCGCCAACCACGGCGCCGGCGGUAGCGGCCACCAUGAUCCCAACUACCAUGGAGGUGGCGGCGGGGGCAGCCACGGCGGCGGCAACAACUAUCCGCAUCACGACCCGCAUGGGAACCGCUACCAGUACCAGGAGCACCAACAACAGCACGGCGGCGGCGGCGGCGGCCACAACGGCGGCGGCCAUGGCGGCCACCAGCAGCAGCCUCAGCACGGCGGUGCCCACGGCAGCGGCGGCGGGGACCACUGGCAGCAGCAGCCGCACGUGCAGCAGGGCGGCGGCGCUGGUGGCCAUCACGGCCACGUGCCCGCGCCGAUGCACGGCAUGGACCCGCACCAGCAGCAGGGGCACGGCCAGGGCCAGGGAUUGCACGGCCAGGGGAUGCAGGGCCAGGGCCAGGGGCACCAGCAGCAGCAGCAGCAGCAGCAGCAGCAGCACCAGUACCAGCAGGCGCAGGGGCACCACCAGCACCACCCGAACCCGAACUACAACGCGGGGCAACAGCAACAACAGCACCAGCAGCAGCACCAGCAGCAACAGCAGGGGCACAACCAGCAGCAGCAUGGGCAGCCGCACCACAACCCGCACAACGACCCGCACAUGGAUGCAUACCAUGGCGGGCACCACAACCCGUGGUAAGGUGCACGCGCAAUUUGUUGCAGGGGUUCCUGUCCCUGACUUAACGAGGUUUAUGACAGAUCACAAUGGGGUGGUGCGGGGUGCAGCGCUUGGCGAAAGCAAUGCAAACGUGGCGUGCGUAGGACAAGGAACACGAAGCGUAGUAGUGGCUAUCGACUUGAUGCAUCUGCUAGGUACGGUAGCUUUAGCCAACUGAGCAGGAAAUCAAGAAGUCUGGUGCUGCAAGCCCCGGUAUGGACUUUGCAUGGGCUGCGGAGGCGCAUCGCGCUACCCUGGUCAACAUGAGGCUUGGUAGGCGGCACAGCAGUAGACGCUGGUUGUGCACGGAUAAUGGCAGGAUGAUGCGCACAUGCCCUUCUAUCCGGUAGGGCCGGUUUAGCGGCUCGCCUGUCGGGGAUGAGAGGACUAGAUUCAUGAGGCAUGGUAAGACGGGGUGUGCGGGCGCCGCACCCCCUUCCUGCGUGAUUCAGGGCAAGGGAUUAACAAUGAGGGAUCGGUGCCUGGGCUCAGGCCGAAGUAAUGACUUGGAGGAGCGAGAGAACGAACUGAUGAUGCGAGCGGCGUGGUGUAAGCUUCAAGAGCG